AUGUCUAGUCAGUUUGUUCAUUUCUGUUUGAACCAGAAGGGUGCCUUUGGAAGCCUCACCCUGCGUAAAUGUAUAGCGAACUUCACUUUCUUCUUUGAGCUACCCUUAUCAGUACUUGCAGAAGGUUUGAUCAUUUCUAAAAUGGAAUGUAAUAAAGAUGACGCUAUCAAGUGUAAAGGCAUCGCUGAGAAAAAGUUAGAGAAAAAGGACAUUGCCGGAGCCAAUAAAUUUGCUUUAAAGGCUCAAAGUCUAUUUCCAAAUCUGGAGGGUCUUUCUGCGUUAUUGGAGGUCAUUAACCUCUAUGUUGCCUCUCAGAAGAAAAUAAAUGGAGAAGUAGACUUGUACGGAAUUUUUGGUCUGGAUCCCUCUGUCGACGAUGACACAUUGCGCAAAAAAUACAGAAAAAUGGCUCUGGUGUUUCACCCUGAUGAAAACAAGUCCACUGGGGCUGCUGGAGCAUUCUUAAUUCUUACUGAAGCCUUUAGUGUCUUGUCAGAUAAGGAAAAGAGAUCCACGUAUAAUCUGAAGCUGAACUUAGGAGCUCCGAAUCCUCCAUUACCAACCGACAGAAACGGUUUCUGUAAUUUCACCAGCAGCUCCAGCUCUCAGAAUGUGAGGAAUAAGGCGACUGAUGCCAAGACCCAGCACAUGCCAACUCAGUCCAGGACAUCAGCUCCUGCCGCCCGUUCACAUGUAGGGUUGUCAAAUGCACAUUAG